UAAUUAAUGUCUAAAUUAUAACGAUUUGCAACUGUAGGAGGGUUAGAAGUUAAAAUGAGUCAUUAUGCUCCAGAUGGCACAGGUACAAAGUAGAAUUUAAUAUACAGGACGUGAUUCUUAUGUAACUUUACAAAAUGGUGGUAUUUGGAAAGAAAUUUAAAUUCAAUGUACCCAUCCAGAAAUAGGAACAUUUAGUAAAUAAAAAUCAUGGAAGCCCCCUGCACCUAUGAUGAUACCUAAAUUUAGACAUUAUUAAAGUGAUGGUUCUGGUAGAGAUAAUUAUGUUAUGUAAAUUAAAAAUAUAAUUUCUUAGUGCUGAUGAAGGAGGAUUAGCUCCUUCUUCAAAAUUAUUUUAAAGAAAAAGAAACUUUUUUACAUCAUUAAGAGAUUAUGAAACUUGUCCACCUAUCUAAUAGUAAGAUUGUUUUCGAUUGGCAUAAACUCCAAGUGCAUAAUCCUUUAAAUAAUACUUAAAAACAUAAAAAAUUGCUCAUCAUUAAAGCAAUUUAAUUAAAAGGCUCAAUACACCUAAAAUAUAGGAAGAUCCAUACAAGAAAAUUAGAUAACUCUCUACUCCUAUUUAUAGAAAAUGA